GUAAAGAGGAUGACAACUUCAAACAUGAUUGCAUUGUGUCUGAUAUUUCCGCUUCUCGUAGAGAUGGCUGGGACUGAAACAUUCAUACACCAAGAGAGAGGUUUCAUAUCAGCUGACGUUGGAGACACUGUUACUUUACGUUGUUUCCAUAAGGGUGAAAACACAAUCAUUUUCUCCUGGUAUAAGCAAGCCUGGGGAACAAAACUUCAGCUCAUCUCCACCUUGUAUAAAUAUGACAACACUACACAAUUCUUCUACCAUGAAUUUAAAGACAACAUUCGCUUCUCAGUGGAAGGUGGCGACGGAAAAAACCAUUUAAGAAUCCAGAAUAUUGCACUUUCUGAUUCAGCCACAUAUUACUGUGGAAGUGGAAAUAGCAACAAGGUGGAGUUUGGACAAGGAACCAUUCUACUUGUAAAAGGUUCUGGGUCAGGAAACGUGUCUGUGAUUCGACAGCCUGUUUCUGAGUCAGUCCAUCCAAGAGACACUGAGACUCUAAACUGUACAAUAAACACUGAGACCUGUGAAGGAGAACAGAGUGUCUAUUGGUUCAGACAUGACUCAGGAGAAUCUCCUCCAGGAAUCAUUUAUACCAAUGGAGACAGGAGUGGUCAGUGUAUGAAGAGCCCUGCGUCUGGGUCUCCUACACAGAGCUGUGUCUACAACCUCCCCAAGAGGAACCUCAGCAUCUCUGACUACUGUGCUGUGGCCUCAUGCGGAGCAAUACUGUUUGGGACUGGGCCAAAUCAGGAUAUAAAACGUAGGUGAAACAAGUUGUUUUAUAUGUACAUAUAGUCUACUUUUUAUAAAACAAACAGUGAACCCCCUACGUGUUUGGACAGUGACAGAUGUUUCUGUUUCUUGGCUAACUAUUUCAUAAUUUUUAAUUAGAAAUUAUACAAUGAAUGUUGUAAAGACUAUAAGUUGGGGGAAUAUUUUUGAGAUUUGGGUGAACCAUUUAGAAAUGACAUGAAUUUUGUAGUUGGUUUUCCUUUUUCAUUACGGGGAACUGUGUUAAAAUUGAUGGACAAAAAAAUAUAUAUCUAAUUUUAUUCACUUUUGAAAUAAGUCUGUAACACUGCAAAAUGUGGAGAAAGUGAACAGGUCUGAAUGAUUUCCAAAGGCACUGGAGAUCCGAAGAAAAUUAUCAGCGACAUAGCCAAAACCUUAGGCUUGCCAAAAUCAAACUGUCUGUACAUUAAGAGGAAGAAAGAAAGGUUGGUGAGCUCAGCAAUCGCAAAUUACCUGGUAGUCCAAGAAAGACCUCUGUAGUGGAUGAUGAAAGAAUCCUCAACGUAAUGAGGCGGAAAAAAUGUAAGAUAAAUCGGGAACUACGUGUGGAUAUGUCAGCCGCAACCAUCUACAGAAGACUUUACCAGCAGAAGAAGCUGGACUGCAAAUUGCAAAGACACUAGUUAACUUCAAAAACAGGAUGGUACUGACAAGUACCUACAGUGGGGAGAACAAGUAUUUGAUACACUGACGAUUU